UGUGCUGCUUACGCAAUCGGGCGCUAUGGGUUAUGUGUUGAGCCCAGCGGGAUGCUUAACUAAUCAAUCCUGGAUCGAGUCGAUGACGGAGUGGCCUGUCUCCAGUUGACCGUCUCGCCCGAGAAAACCCAAAGACCAACCACGUAGCAACAGCAACUGUGAGGGCGACCACAUACAUCCAUAGGACGCUGAAGGAGAAGACAACGAACGAAGGACAACGGACAGCACAACCAGCCAGCCCGAUAAGAGACAAGAGCCUCCAAGAGUCAAUUUCGAAUCGACCACAUCAUCAUCAAUCCCAUCGAUCAUGAACGAGUUCCCAACCCUGGAAGCUUCAGCUGGUGCGCCCAAGAAAGCCGAGACUCAUGAGGCUAUCAGAGAAGACCCAGCGGCCCCGCUCAGUUCCGCCGAGAAGCUCAUGCGUCAACACCACCAGCAUCUUUCCUACGAGGAAAUCCGUUCAGCGACCACCAACGGCGAUCAAGACCAUCAAGCGAGCCUCCCCAACGGCAAUGGCAAUCCUGCCAACCAACCUAACAAGAAGAAUCGUGACAAAAAACAGCAACCCGAUCUCGAUUCAGAAACCGCUUUCCCAUCCCUUGGUGCUUCCGCUGCCGCUCCUAAGACUGCUGGAGGUUGGGGCGCAGGUCCGGCCCUUAGCUCUAGGUCUCUCGCCGGAAGCUUCCAAAAGAUUGAUUUGUCUAGCACCAAUCAAUUCACCGAGACCUUAGUCUUGUUGCUAUCUAGUAUUCACAUCGGCCCCGUCCCCCCACAGUAUAGAGAAAAAGGUCCCCGAGCGGCUGGUGAGAAACGUGAAGAAGAUCCCAAGACUUUGCCAGAUGUUCUUCGAGUGAUUCAUAAGAGACAUCCAACGGUCGUCGUAGAAUCAUCUACGUCCAGAGAUCGGGUCACCAUCAUCUUCCGAACUCCGUUCGUCUUACCAACACCCACCUCGUCGACCCCUCCACUGAUCAGAGCCGCAUCCUCUUUGCCCCCCGAGGAGCGGAUCAUCCGAGCCCGCCAAGAGUUGAUCACUCGCGUGACCAGAAAGAUUGAAAAGGUGCUCAAGAUUCCCGUGUCUGUCAAGCCAUUUGUGAUCGGACAACGAGGCCGCGUCAUGAAAGAAAUUAUCGAGGUCACUGGUGCGAAUAUUAGUCUACCCCCCAAGGAUGGAAAUCGCCCGGUGAACGUGGACUCGCCAGCUGAAGAGACUACCAUCAAUGGUUCAGAUGAGGUCGAGAUGAUAACUAUCACGAUCAAUGGCGAAGAAUCUGCCGUACUGGAUGCAGAAGAUCGAAUAAUGAUGAUCGUUCGCGAACAUACUAACAAAGUCAAUCUCAGGAUCACUUCGAUCCCAAUUGAGUCUUACCCACUUCUGAACAGGAACUCAAAAAUCUCGGAAGUCGUCCUUCGUGGUUUAACCAACGAUCUUAAGAUCAACGAAGAUGAAAUCAACUGUCAAAUUACCAUACCUUCGAUCGAUCAAAUCCUCAAAUCUCAUCCUUCUCAUGUCUGUUUGGCUGAUCCUGAUGGAAACAACAGCUCGCACGGUCCGAAAGGUUCAUCCGCAAGUAAAGAAUCGCUUCCUAUCACUAUAUCUGGUGAUCGAGCGCAAGUUGAAUAUGCUGUAAAGGUAUUGCAAUCAACCUUUGAAAACAUGACGAAGUCUAUUGCCAAAGUGGAAUUAGAGCUUCCCAAACGUCAACACAAGUUCUUGGAUAACCGAGCGAUUGAAGAAAUUCUCGAGUCCACAGGAUCGCUCGUCCUCUUACCCCCAGCGAGUGACUUGAGUGAAAAAGUUGUCAUCCGUGGAGAGAAUAUGUCGAAUGUUCAAGCGCUUGGUCUAGUUGUGACGAAAGCAAAUGCUCAGUCAGUGGAGAGCUUGGAUCUCAAGAAAAUUCACCCGAAAGUGCCGAACCCCUCCACCUAUUCAAAUUCAGUGAUCGCAUAUUUGUCAAUCAAAGCUCACCAGACAAAAUUGAAGCAGAUACAGGAAGAAUGCGCCCCCAGAGGAGUCAAGAUCUAUCUUCCGCUUCGAAGCUCUCCCUUCUCAACUAUUGAUAUCGCCAGCAAAGACGCAGAAUCGAUCAAGUAUGCAAAAGGAAUAGUUGAAACGUACAUCAGAAAUAACAUGAAGCCGGAAUACUUUGUAAACGUUGAAGUUGACAGAUUGUUACAUCGUCACAUCUUGAAAAAGAAAAAUCCCCGCUUGAAAGUCCUCUUAGAUCACAAUGGGAUUGAGAUGAUCAUCCCUCACGAACAUGACCCAUCCUCGACGAUUCUGUUAGUUGCUAGCAAGGCAAUCAUUGGCAAAGAAGCCAAGGCGAGCAAUGAAAACGAGCUGAUCUCAGCACUAUCCAAAGCGAAGGAGGAGAUUUUGAAAUCGGUGAAAGAGUUGGCAGAAAUGAAGACGGUAGAAUUGGAAGUCCCCCAAAAACUGCAUAGUCACAUCGUCGGUCCCAACCAGACUACAUUGAACGUCAUCAUCGGUGAAGAUAAGUUGGUCUCCGUCCAAGUCGGCAAUCCCUCUUCACCUGAUCUCAUCACCAUUCGCGGCUCCAAGGAUGAAGUGGAUAGAGUGGAAAAGGAAAUCCGAAGGAUGGCUGAAGAAGCCAAAGUAACUGAAGCAACUAACUCAUACUCAACUGAUUUCGAGAUAGACUCCAAAGUCGUCAGCCAUCUGGUUGGUAAAGGAGGAGCCACGAUCUCAAAGUUAGGAGAAGAAUUAGGAGUCCGAGUCGUGUUUGCAGAUCAAGUCAACAAUGGACCGUCUCACGAGGCCGACAGCUCCAGUCAUCACAAAAAGCGCAAGAAUCAUCACACAAAAGUUUCCGUCACCGUAUCUGGAAGGAUGGAAAAUGUUGAGGAAGCUAAGAAGCGGAUCUUGAAUCAAGCCGAGCGACUGGCGGAUGAAGUCACCAUAACUUUGCCUGUAGCAGCUGGAUUAGACAGGGGUGCAUUGAUAGGCAAAGGUGGCAUAUAUCUUACACGCCUUCAGGAUACACACAUGGUUCACAUCAAAAUGCCUCAAAGUCGGAAAGAAGACAAUUCUGCGAAUGGCAAUGAUUCGGACAUCACGAUUAGGGGACCUAGAAAGGGGGUAGAGGCAGUAAAACGUGAAUUGAUCGAGCUCAUGGAAUACGAGCGUGAGCAAGGAAACACAGCAUCCAUGGAAAUUUCCACCAAAUCCGUCGCUCGAAUCGUUGGCAAAGGAGGCGCUCAGGCCGACAAGAUCAAAGAAGAAAGUGGACUUCAAUCUUUGGACAUUGAUAAACUCGAUAACGCAGAGGGGACCAGCCGGGUCACUUUGAAGGGCUCCAAGGCUGCUAUCUCAGCUGCUAAGAAACUCAUCAAUACUAUUGUUCAAACUGUGGACGAUGAAUGUCUCGCUGAAGUCAAUAUCCCCAAAGCUUAUCAUCAAGAAUUGAUUCGUCGAGGAGGAGCACGAUUACGUGAGCUCGUCAAGAAGGCUGGGGUGGAUGAAUCAGCAUCCAGAUUUGUACAUUUCCCAAAGGCCAACUCGGAAGGCAACGUCGCCGACAUCGUUCAAAUCAAAGGAGACAAGAACGUCGUCCCGAAAAUCAAGCGUGAAUUAGAGCUUGAAGUGGAGCGUCUGAUCAACCAAGUCACCUAUGGGCUUUUUGUUCCCAAGAACAGUCAACCGAGCAUCAUUGGAAGAGCGGCAAGUGGCCUCAAAUCCCUACAAGACAAGCACAAUGUUACCAUUAUCGCUCCAGGUUGGUCCCAAUGGGCCACGUCUGAUCAACCUAUAAAUCAAACCGAUUUGAAGGAUAUCGAUCCAGAUGAGAUCUUUAAAGUUGUUGGAAGCAAGGAUUCAUGCUUGUCUGCGAUCGAAGAUUUGAAGAGCAAGAUCGUCGUCAAGGAUCGACCCGAGCGAGCACCGGCAUCAAAAAAGACAAUAAUGAUUCCCGCUCAAUACCACCAUGUGCUAAUCCAAAGUGGCCGAUUUAUGCAAGGACUUCCGAGAGCAGUACGAAUCGAUCACGGCAAUCUUUCACUGCCCUCACUUGAACAGGUUGGCGAACCCCUCGCCGACAGUGCUCCAGUACCAUCCAUGUCUAGAAUCGAUGUUGACGAUAGUGACUCUCAAAAUCAACCCGUCAUAUUGAGUUGGCAUGCUGUAGAAAUUAAGUUGAAUGGAAUCUCAGAAGUGCCUUGGAACAUUACGGGCCCAGCCGCGGAAGUGGAGAAAUUGGAGAAGACGGUGAAGAGUCAACUGGAUGUCUGGACGAAGAAGACGGAUGCCGAGGGAGGCAAGCUCUAUGCGGCGACGGUCAAAGUUCCAGUACAUGUGAUGCCGGGGAUCAUUGGCAGAGGCGGGAAUGGAUUGCGCGAAUUGAUCGCAAAGAGCGGUGGUGCAGUCGUCGAAGUCCUUGGAAAAUCCGGCUCGGAUACGCUCAAAGUCAUCGGCACAUCUCAACAGUUGGACGCCGUUAAGGCCUCGUUGAACCAGAUCAGACGAAGAGCUUAGUUCUCCCCACAUAUCUUUUCUCAUCCAUUCAUUUAGAUUGCAUGUUUUUUGUUUGUUUGAAUUUCCUAUACAAUUACCCUCUUGUGGAAUCCUCAAUUGCUUUUUCUUUCUUUCUUUCUUUGUUAAUCGUCGCACUUGAUUACAUCCUUCUACUACUACCUUGUCAAUCAAUCAAUUAUUGACAGAAUCAAACAAAAAAAAGAGGACUAACUCAGGAAAAAAAAAUCAGAUGUCUCAUUACAGUCAAACACGAUUCAAAUUGUUUUGGUGGACUCAAUAAUACGCAUUUGAACUCUUUUGGCAUUAGAGACUAUCUAAGAUCCUGGAUUGUGGAUUUUCACAGGAGGUCAAAGUCUGUGCAAGGAUCAAGGCUGGACUGUCCAUUCAGAUUUUGUUUUUGAUUUAUCUAUAAUGCCUGUAGCCUGAACAGAUUUUCUGCACCUGCAAUCAU